UCCCGGGCUGUGCAGGGGGCGAGGCGUCUCCGUUGCGCAGGCUGCUCUGCGGAGCGCGCCUCUCGGCCGGCCGUCCUGCCUGCCUGCCUGCCUGCCUGCCCGUCGGGUGCCACUUGCCUGCGGCGUCCGCUGAUGGAGGGCCCGUCGCCGCCCUCGUCGGACCUCAAGCGGGCCUGGGACAAGAGCAGCGGGGGCGGCGGGGGCGCCGAGGUGCAGCUGGCCUGCGAGGAUGAGGCGGCGGGGCCCGAGGAAGAGGCGCCCGCCGCGCCCAAGAACUACUUGUGGCUCAGCAUCUUGUCCUGCUUCUGCCCCGCCUAUCCCAUCAACAUCGUGGCCUUCGUCUUCUCCAUUUGGGCUGUGAACAGCUACAAUGAUGGUGAUUAUGAAGGAUCAAAGAGACUGGGCCACAAUGCAUUCUGGGUAGCCAUCGCAUCAAUUAUUAUUGGGAUUCUGAUCAUAGGGCUGUACUGUGUAGUCCAUUUCACUACGGAUACCAUCUGAAGAUUAAGAGUGGACAUGAAAGGUUGCUAUCUUCAAGCCCUCUGGGAAAAAGCAAAGAAAAUUCCAUACAAAGGAGGGAUCCUCCAGCCCAGACUGAUGAGGUCUGUCACUAGUGAACAGAUCGGUCAUUGUUGCUAGUCACAGUGUGGCAGAGAUCCAUAAGCGGUAUUUCUUAAAUAAUGCUAUUCUAGAACAACACUCCCUCCCUCGUUUUAGUGUAUGUCCGAGAUGCAGCCUGUGUCCGUAAUGCAUCCUAUCGCAGUAUGUACACCCCUUCCCCUGUGGAACGUCUCCCAGGCUGGAGGGCUUCACCGGCUGAACUUUCUGGACUAGUGACAGUCAGAAGAACAGAACUGCAACGUGCUGGACAAUCUCUCCUUGACUUCCCCGAUGUUGCCGUUGGACUGUCACAGCUCACUAGAUCUACCAGGACCUCUUGGAAUGCAAAAGGAGAAUAAUUCCCUGUUCGCACUGUGCUAUGGACUUCUGCGCCAAUCCCUCUGCAAGUUACCCCUUCCAAGUUCUCACCUCAUUCUCAAAGGACUUGCCCCAAAACUGUAUUCUCUCCUCUUCCAUUGUUAAUCCAGUAUUCAAUGGUUUUUCCUUCUUGUGGUGACUUCUCUCCAGCCCAAAUGUAAGGCAGGUGUUCCAACAUGUACGCACUCUCAUUUUGCUGAAAUGCUUUUGCAAAUGUCUUUUACAGUCCUUCUUACACAUCAGUUGGUUUGAUUGUGCUUUUGUGAAAGUUUGUGUUUGUCUGACCCAUUUUAUGACAGGAUGUUACUCAGUGGACAACUCCUUCCCCUGAAAGUCAGGAAUUAGUUUGGACGGUUGUGGUACUAGAGGCACUACUUCGACUUCUUUCUUUCUUUCUUUCUUUCUUUCUUUCUUUCUUUCUUUCUUUCUUUCUUUCUUUCUUUCUUUCUUUCUUUCUUUCUUUCUUUCUUUCUUUCUUUCUUUCUUUCUUUCUUUCUUUCUUUCUUUCUUUCUCUUUCUUUCUUUCUUUCUUUGUACUUCAAAAUCAAAGUUGAAAACAUAUACACAGACAGAAAUUAACCAAAUUAUAAAGUACUUAUUUCAUAUAGACUUUCAGUUUCUUCUAACCCUAUUAACCCUUAAACCCUACAUUUUGAGCACAUGGCCAUUAAGCUUCAAAAUGAAAUUAAAUCUUCAGCAUCAUUAUUACAAUAUGACUCUAUUGGAUCUUAAUUUAACAAUCCUUAACCUUCAAAACCACUAGUCACCAAUUUAUUUUUUUCUGUUUUUAUCUACACAUUGUAUCAAGGAUUUCCAACUGUCCAUGAACUUAGCUAAGUUCUUUGGUUUUAGUAGUUAAUUUGGCCAUCUUGGCCAACUCUAGUUCCUUCACCCACCAUUCUUCAAUUGUAGGAAUAGUUUCCCAUGGAGUUUUCUGCUGCUGCUGUCAUAUAUAAAAACAAAAUUCCAUGUUUUCUUUCCAGAGAUCUGUCCAUACAACUUGGCUCCUUCUAUGUCUUUCUGAGCCCUUAAAGCUGCAGUUAAAAGUUUUUUGCAUCACAGAAAAUAAUUGUGUGACCUGCUCAGGUCUGUGCGUCAAGCAGCUGUAAAUGGCUUACACUGGUUGGUCGAAAGUUGCCAACAGUAGGAAAGGCUGACAACUGGGGUGGAAUUCAAUCAUGCUUGGCAUUUUGGGGCUUUGGAGGAAAUGUAAAAAAUCCACAUUUGAUCCUGGUUGGAAUUACUUAAAUUAUGGGGGAGAACAGUCUAUGCUUUUGCAAGUGGAAGACAAUAAUUUCAUUCCCCCUUAACCAUUUUGGAAGAAACCAGUCAGGAAAAAACUGUCACAAAGGGAAGAUGCAUAAUAAUGACAGUUACCCAUGUCUGAACAUUGAUUCGAACAAACUGAGUCUUGCUUGAAAAGAAAAACAUAACACAAUAAACUUGUAUUUGGUUUGUA